AUGGCCUCACUUAAUACCACCGUAUUUCGUCCCUGCUCUUUCUUCCUUCUGGGGAUCCCUGGUCUGGAACAUAUACAUAUGUGGAUUGGUUUCCCUUUCUUUGCUGUGUACCUGACAGCUGUUCUUGGGAAUAUCAGCAUCCUUUCUGUGAUUGAGACUGAGAGCAGCCUCCACCAGCCCAUGUUCUACUUCCUGGCCAUUCUGUCAUCUAUCGACCUGGGCCUGUCCACAUCCACCAUCCCCAAGAUGCUUGGCAUCUUCUGGUUCAACCUGAGAGAAAUCUCCUUUGAGGGAUGUCUCAUCCAGAUGUUCUUUAUCCACCUCUGCACUGGCAUGGAGUCGGCGGUGCUUGUGGCCAUGGCCUAUGAUCGCUAUGUGGCCAUCUGUAACUCUCUUCGGUAUACACUGGUGUUGACAAACAAGGUGGUAGUCAUCAUUGCAAUGAUAAUCCUACUGAGAACUUUGUCUUUUGCCAUACCCUUUGUUCUACUCAUUCUACGGUUACCAUUUUGUGGACACCAAAUUAUUCCUCACACUUACUGUGAGCACAUGGGCAUUGCCCGCCUGUCCUGUGCCAGCAUCAGGGUCAACAUCAUCUAUGGUUUAUGUGCCAUCUCUAUCCUGGUAUUGGACAUCAUAGCUAUUGUCAUUUCCUAUGUCCAGAUCCUUCGUGCUGUCUUUUGACUGCCUUCCCACGAUGCCCGGCUCAAAGCACUGAGCACCUGCGGCUCUCACGUGUGUGUCAUGUUGGCUUUCUACACUCCUGCAUUUUUUUCAUUUAUGACCCACAGGUUUGGCCGGAAUAUUCCACGCUAUAUCCACAUCCUUUUGGCUAAUUUCUACGUAGUCAUUCCACCUGCUCUGAACCCUGUAAUCUAUGGGGUCAGAACUAAACAGAUUAGAGAACAGGUGCUCAAACUCUUUUCCAAGAAAACAACAUAA